GAGAGGGAGAGAGAGGAGGCUAUGGAUCGCGACUGUCCACUUUCGCUGUCGGUGUGUUACAUCGCCGACAGCUUUCGGGACGCACUGAAAAGAAUGCUCAGGCUACUUUAUUAUUUGUGCACUACAACAAAAAGCACUCCGACGUUUGUUCACCUCAACUAAUUGUUGCUUUUCGGACGAGAAUCCCUCCCUGCAUGCUUUAAAUUACAUCUCUGCAGCAUCCUUGCAGAGUAGCCUCUGCUGCCGAUACCAUUUUUCCGGCUGCAUUACGAGGUACCAUCGACAGAACCUUAGACUGGGCUCAUAUAACUGGGCUCCUGCACCGCCUCCUGGACCGGCAGCGAACGGUUUCAUUCAUCGAUGUGCAUGGAGUUAAUAAUAACAGGAAACAACUUCAGAUAAUUUUUCCAAUACGCACGGGCGUCUUGUGCAUGGAUUUAGGUUGGUGCGUGUUAUUAAAAGGCGUCGGGAAGCCAGAAGAGAGGCUAGUGUGCAGAUGAGGAGUACGAAGACGUGCUCGGCAGACGCGGCGCUGUUCACCUGGAAUACCUGAAGCUCUCCAAUGACACGCAGCUGCAUCAACUUAUCAACACUGUUGCAUGUUUUCACGGCUGACAUGUCGGCCCCUGUGGCCUAGGUUUAUGUUUCAUAUCGGAUCGGUCGCUGUUGAUUCGAAGCCCUGAGUGUCAGAAACUCGCAGCAGCUGAAUUACACUCACUGCUACUGUCCCCUCAAGAGGAUGCUGCCCGACGCGCAAUGAUGCCCGGGACUCGGAGGGUUUUCUGAUCAUGAUGACAUUUGGUUUAAACAUUUGUUGACUCGAAACAUAGAAACAACUCUCUGAUCUGUGUUUGCGCCAAAGAAGCUGCACCAAGAUCCGACCUCUGCCGAACUAGACUCUCGGUUUUCAGAUUCGGUUCGGGGAGAUGGCCGCGAUCGCCAGCUCCCUGAUCCGGCAGAAACGCCAGGCGAGGGAGUCAAACAGCGACCGGGUUUCUACUUCGAAACGUCGCCCAAGCCCCAGCAAAGACCCCCGCUCUCUCUGCGAGAAACAUUUCUUGGGGGUCUUCAGCAAAGUCCGCUUCUGCAGCGGCAAGAAAAGACCCGUUCGGCGGCGACCAGAUGCACCCUCGAAACCUCCACAGGUGUCCCAUAAGGGCUGCAGGCUAGAGCCGCAGCUGAAAGGCAUCGUGACACGACUGUUCAGCCAGCAGGGCUUCUACCUGCAGAUGAAGCCGGAUGGAUCCAUCGACGGCAGCAAGGACGAGAACAGCGACAACACCCUGUUUAAUCUUAUUCCUGUGGGUCUGAGAGUGGUGGCCAUCCAGGGAAUGAAGAGUGGCCUGUACAUUGCCAUGAAUAGCGAGGGCAUGCUCUACAGCUCGGAAAUGUUCACGCCGGAGUGCAAGUUCAAGGAGUCUGUUUUCGAGAACUACUAUGUGAUCUACUCGUCCACUGUGUUCCGGCAGCAGGAGUCAGGUCGCGCCUGGUUCCUCGGUCUCACCAAGGAGGGACAAGUCAUGAAGGGCAACCGUGUCAAGAAGACUAAGCCCUCAUCACACUUUGUGCCCAGGCCCAUCGAAGUUUGUAUGUACAGGGAGCCGUCAAUGCAUGAGAUAGAGGACAAGCACCGCUCCAGGAAGAGCUCAGGGACUCCCACCAUGAAUGGAGGGAAAGCUGUCAAUCAGGACUCCACAUAGCAGCAGGGGGAGGGGCUUCCAGCAGGGGGGAGUGGCCCCCCCCCCAAUACGCACCACCAUCCCCUCUGAAAAAAAAAGAGGGCGUUGCUACGACGAGGAGCUAUUACUGUACAUCCAAGAAAACAAAACUGAACUAUUGCCUGUGAAAACCUUUUAGAUGAAUUAACAUGAAACCAGAGGAUAUAUAUAUAUGAAAAAAAAACAUUUUCAAUCAGGACUUGACCAACAUUUUAUGCAAAAAAAAAGAGAAAAAGCUGUGAUAAACAAACAAAGAAAUGGUGGUCUCUCUUCAAACAAAUAUCUAUCAUUUCCAAUUUAUGCUGUGAAAAACAAGCUUUAAUACAUGUUAAAUUUUCAUACAAUGGUUUCUUUUUCUAAAUGCUCUGGCACUCUCAUAUGCUUUAGUGUGUUAUUGUUGUCAGUAAUAACUAUACCAUCAUUAUCAUUACUAAUCUGUUGUAUUUUAUCAUCCCAGUUACUAUCAUGGUUAUUCUGGCUUUCUUGUAUUUUUGAGACUAGAGAAAGUAUUUUUUUUCCAAUUACUCUUAUUUUUCUCUCUCAUAGUUUGAUCUUGAAUGCACUACCUGCUCUGGUGUGAGGGUAAGACUGAAUGUAUUUGAUAUUUCUCUGUGUUGGACUCCAAUGGAAACAGAGUGCUUCGGGUGGGAUGUAAUUUACUCAGGUGUGUACUGUAAGUGAGACUAAUAGGACAGAAGGGGCUGUUUCAAGUAGUCGAACAGAAACUCCCCUAUAUUGUUCUGCAAUGCCGGGACAAGACUGAUUCAAGCAAUAUAAUAGAGAGCAGUCUAGUAUGUCUCUAAAUAAUAGUAAUAACAAGCCGACAACACAUCCCUGUGGUAAGUGUGUUUGUCAAAGAAAGUUGUACAGGUAGGUAAAAGUCUGAGUCAAAGGAAAACUGUUUUGAUAUUGUGUCAAUAUACUCUUUAACAUUUGCAAGGAUUAUUAGGUUCUAAGUAAAGAGAUGUCCAAACUUGUCAAAAAUGGUAAAGAAUAGUAUAUUCUCUCCAAAAGCCAAGGGGAACAUAACGACCAGCAUCAGCACUAUGAGCCAUGGCCUAAAAAACGGUCACUUCACAUUUACACCUCAAGAAACACAGACCCCUUUCUCUGCUGUUCGCUAAGCUAUAACAACAACAACUCUCAAAAUAUAACCAUAUAACAGUAUUCAUGCCUUUGAACUAUAUGGACAAAGACUUCUGUUUUUUUCUAAGCAAGAGAAAGAUUGAAAGUUGUUUUGGCAGGCCCGGCAGUGAGGAUAUGUGUUGACUAGUUUUCAAAACUAUUUCUGUUACUUUUAUUGCGAAAGUAUUAGAGAUUUCUCAACACUGGUGGACAGGGUGCCUGACUGUUUAAUAAUCCACUGACCUGACUUGGUGUUGUUUUCAAUAUAAAAAGGUCACAAUCAUUAAGACUUUACCAUCACAAUCUAGCAGAAUGUCUCAUUGAGGAAUUAGCCAGGUUUCGGGGAGGAUGUCUUACAAUCCCGGUGCGAGAAAGUGGAAACCCCUCUGGUUAUGUGACCCAUGAAAUGAACCAUUUGCUGCAUUGUGAAAAGGAAAGCUUCUCUUUCAUAAAUCCACAUUCUGACAGGGCUGUAUAAACAAGGUGAAUUGACUGGUACACCGUGUACACCGCAUAGCUCAUUCCUAAACCCCAAUUAGUUUGUCUAACUCAGGAAGUCCUACAAUUGUUCCGCAAAUGGGGCCAGACGUAAAGGCUGGCCGCUCCUUGUCCAGCACCCGUUGCACAAAGCCUGGCCACCGGUGUGGUGUUUAAGGAGUUCGGGACGGGGUUGAUGGUGUUUUUAUUAUUAACAAAAAGGUGGUGUACAGCUAAGCCUAGCUAGAUAAGGGAAGUUGAAAAAGGGAGAACAGGAGCCGAGACAAAGCAUGAACAUCGCAUGACUGUAAGAGUUGAUGUAAGCCUGGUUUGAUUUCGAGGUGAGCGCUAAUAAAAGAUUGUUUCAAAAUCGGGGAAAGUAGGUCCAAAACUUUUUUAUGCAACAUUUUGAUCAGUAUUUUAGUGAGAGUGUAUACAUCUCUCCUAUAUCUGGUUGGAAAUCAUGCUAAGUUGGUGGUAUGUAUAGUAAAUAGCACACAUUCAGUUGCACAGAGCGAACCACAGUGAUAUAUUAUCAUGGAUCUGGUGUUCUACCUGAGGCCUGGGUUCAUAGCUGGGGCAAGCUACCUGCGAGAGCUAACGGUAGACUAGUUCAACUUCCACAACACCUACAGCAUAACGGACAUAUUAGACGUGACACUGACAGUCAACAGGCAAGACCAGCACAUAGAAGUAUCUUUUUAUAGAGGUUUAUAUUGGAGCAAAUGAGAUACAUGUGGACUCAAAGCAAUGCAUGAAAUUGGAUGUACUCGAUGUCAACUGUUGACAGCAGAAUGAGAGAAUUUGAGAAAGGGAUGAAUAAAGCGAGGAGGUAAAAAUAGCUGAUGUGAGAAAGCGGUAAAGGAGAGCACUUUUCGGGGGGGGGUUAUUGAUGUAUGAAAGGGUGACCAAAGGCUUUGGUUGUAUGUGAUAUCAAGUAUAAUUUAUUAUUUUUAUGUUUGCAGAUGAUUUCACUGCAUCGGAACACGCUCAUAUAUGCAUUAUGAAUUGUGAGAUGAAAUAAAAAAAAUAUGCAUUGAUAAUAAAAUCAGAAUGAAGUUAGUGAUUGUUUAAGAAUAAAGACUAUGUUAUCAAAACCGUC